CACCAAAAUCACUAAAUGAAAAAUGUUUUAGGUUAAUAAAGCUCACAUUUUCUGAAUUUCAUUAAUUACUCUCGAAACGAAACAAUGAUGAAUAAUAUUAACGUUAUUUUAGCAAGAUCUAUGGUGGCGUCGUUUCCCCGGGUCGCCACUUGCAGCAAAAGACUGACAAGCUCGUUAUCCAGUGAAGCCGUCCGUCAGAACCACCUCUUCGACAUAGAGCAAAAAAAGCAGAAGGAAUCUGUAGGACGUAUCGAAAAAAUCCAAAUAGAGUAUGAAGGCCCUACAGACAAGGCCACCUUAACCAUGAAUAAACACAUUUCCACACCUUUUGAUUGCGCCAAACAUCUUGGCGAACGAAUCGCGGACCAGUCAGCUGUAGCUUUGUUAAACAAUGACACCCUCUGGCACAUGCACAAGCCCCUACCUGACUCCUGUAAACUCCAGUUUUUACAUUACAAAAUUCCGCAGCCCACCGCCGUCAACAAAAUCUUCUGGCGCAGUUGUAGUUUCAUUUUGGGUGCUGUAGCAAACGCCGCUUUUAAAGACACAGUCAAAGUGCAACUUCAUAGUUUUCCUAGCCCGAACGUGCGUUCAGGGAGUUUCGUCUACGACGUCCAACUCGAUCUGGCGGACUGGAAACCCACAGAAAAAGAACUCAAAGUGUUGUCGAUAGAAAUGAUCAAGUUCUGUCAGCAGAGUCACGCAAUUGAGCACAUGAAUGUGUCAACAGAGCUGGCGCUAGAUUUAUUUAGGAACAAUACGCACAAAUACCAGCAGAUACCGGACAUUGCGGCGCAUAAUAAUGGGAAAAUUACGUUAUUCAGGGCCGGGCAUCAUAUCGAUAUUUCGAGGGGGCCCAUGGUGACGAAUACGAAUCACUUGGGGCGGGUUACUAUAGCGAACGUGAUUAAGUUAAAUACGGAUGUUCCCGGGGGGCCCAUUUAUAGGUUUCAGGGGGUGGCGUUGCCGAAGUCGAUUAUGUUGAAUCAUUUUGCGUUCGGGUUGUUGGAGGAGAGGGCGCGCAAUUUGAAUCCGGCGAGGAUACCGGGAAGUCAGGAGAGCUUUGAAGAAGAUAACAGUUUCGUGGCGCAAGUUACAGCAUAGAGGAAUUUUGUACACUAAUAAAAAGUUAUUAAUUU